ACACUGUUGCUGCUCCUAUAAUUAACGCCAACCUCACUUCUUCUUCUCCUCUCUCUCUCUCUUCUCUCUCUCUCUCUCUCUCCUUUUCCAUUGCCUUUGAGUUGAAGGAAUCCCAGAGGAAAACGAAGAGGUUUGAAGGAAAAGAUUUCCCGUUUCCUUCAAGUGCAAGAUGAGCUGCAAUGGCUGCAGAGUUUUGAGAAGAGGAUGCAGCGACCAAUGCAUCCUAAGGCCGUGUUUGGAAUGGAUCCAAAGCCCACAGGGCAACGCCACCCUCUUCGUCUCCAAGUUCUUCGGCCGCAGCGACCUUAUGUCCUUCAUCGCCGCUGUCCCUGAAACCAAAAGACCAGCUUUGUUCCAAUCGCUGCUGUUCGAGGCGUGUGGGCGGACGGUGAACCCAGUUAACGGGGCGGUGGGGCUGCUAUCCACCGGAAACUGGCAUAUAUGUCAGGCGGCGGUGGAGACGGUGCUCGCCGGAGGCGUCCUGCGGCCGAUUUCAGUGGGAAUUGUGGCGCCAAACUCGGAUGAAGCAUCCGGAUGGGGGAAUAAUCAAAGCACAUCGAAGCACAAGGGGGUGGUGCAUGGAUCGAUGGGAGGCAGCCGGAAUUGCAUGGAGAAGACGGCGUCGUUUGGGUCGGGGAUAUCGGAAGUUUCGCGUGAGAAUAGGGUUAAAGGAGUUGGUAGCAAAGAGCCAAAACUUCUCAACCUUUUUGCUUAAUCAUGCUCUACCCCAACAAGAGUUGAGCCUUUUUUGUUGUGUUUGGUGGGUGG